CGGGCUCGCAGAAGCUGAGGCUGCUGCGUUGGGUGUUAAGGAGUAGUGAGCCAAACUACCAUGAACCGGGACUGAAAACUUCACAUACGGAUGGAAACUGGAUUUAUUUGGCCCAAAGCAACACAGUAUCCAAAUGAUUUAGGACAACCACAUUUUUAAAUCAGUAAAUUUUUCACUUCGCCUUGGAUUAUCGUUGGGCUUCUCUUGGGACGGAGUCUGUCUUUUCUUCUGCUGCUUGACUGGUGUGGUGACGCGGCUGAACUAGCUAGUUAGCUAACGCUAGAUCCUCAACAACGAAUAAGUUUAUGGCUAGCUAUGUAGUUAGAGGAAAUACGGUAUAGUAGUUAAUUUUUAUUUAUUUGCGAGGGAAUGAUCAUUUCACCGUAAAAGUGGUUUAUAAAUGUCUUACAUACUUAAUGUUACCAGGUGUCCGACAUGAAUAUCAAACGUUUCAGAACCAAGCUAGCUAGCUACAGAGCUAGCUAGCUAAGUAUUUAAUAUAGGGCUUUCCUUAGCUACCAUUACCCAGCAGCUAAAGAUAUUGUGGGUUAUUUAGUUGGUACUAGCUACCGACCUACCUUUAUUGAUCAUGACUGUUUGCUGCAGUAUAACUAAUCGCAUGAGCUAGCAGACAAACGUUAAUUACAUUUGGUUAUAGUAGUUAGCUGUAUGUUUAUGUAGCUAGCUAGACUGGAUAGCGAGCAGAGAAGGCAGCGAAGAACAGUGUCCGAAAAUUGUCCUCCUGCGCGCCGUGUUGCGGCCUUGGGAUUGUUUUUCCAACUUUUGGAUACAUUUGAUUAAUUUUUAUUAAGCACUGGAUUGAUGGCUCGGAAUAUACACCGCUGUCAUACACUUUGACAUAAAGAUCAAAGUUGAUAAAUUGGAUAAAAGGGUUCAAUUGAAGAUCACGUUAACUAACUAGAAAAAGGAACAAAGUGGACCUGACGAAGAGGUUCUGUCUCUACUGGCAAGAUGAUGUGCGAGGUGAUGCCGACGAUCAGCGAGGCGGAGAUCCCAUCUGGGGGCAAUGGGCAGCGGGGCUCGGGCUCCCCGCUGCAGUCGGACUCAGAUGGCCACUUUGAGUCACUGAUGGUGUCCAUGCUGGAGGAGCGUGACCGCCUGUUGGAUACACUGAGAGAGACACAGGAGAACCUGGGCUUGACACAGAGCAAGCUCCACGAAGUCAGCCACGAGCGAGACUCCCUGCAGAGACAGCUCAACACUGCCUUGCCCCAGGAGUUUGCAGCUCUUACUAAAGAAGUCAACUUAUGCAGAGAGCAGCUGCUGGAGCGAGAGGAGGAGAUCGCCGAGCUGAAGGCAGAGAGGAACAACACAAGGCUGCUCUUGGAGCACUUGGAGUGUCUGGUCUCCAGGCAUGAACGCUCGCUGCGCAUGACAGUGGUGAAGAGGCAGGCACAGUCUCCAGCCGGUGUGUCUAGUGAGGUGGAAGUCCUCAAAGCACUCAAGUCUUUAUUUGAGCACCACAAAGCCCUGGAUGAAAAGGUGAGAGAGAGACUGCGGGUUGCCCUGGAACGGUGCAGUGCACUGGAGGAGCAGCUCACGUCUUCUCAUAAAGAGCUGACAUUUUUGAGAGAGCAAAACAACCAAAAAAAGGUACCUGUUGAUGGAACAGUUGAAAUCAACCACAACUCUGAAAAUGCACCAAGUACUAAUGGCAAGCGGUUGUCGGAUGGGUCUCUGAGCCAUGAGGAGGACGUAACAAAAGUGCUAGAGCUACAGGAGGUCAUAGACCACCAGAACAAGGACCUAGGUCAGAUGAAAGAGCGCCUGGGCACGCUGUCCAGUCGUGUGGCAGAGCUGGAGGAGGACCUGGACACCGCACGCAAGGACCUUAUCAAGUCCGAGGACAUGAACACCCGCCUCCAGAGGGACCUCCGGGAGUCCAUGGCCCAGAAAGAUGACAUGGAGGAGAGGAUCACCACCCUUGAAAAACGUUAUCUUGCCGCACAGCGUGAAGCCACGUCUGUACAUGAUCUCAACGACAAACUUGAAAAUGAAAUUGCCAACAAAGAGGCCAUGUUUAGACAGACUGAAGAGAAGAACCGGCAGCUGCAGGAGAGGCUGGAGAUGGCAGAGCAGAAGCUGCAGCAGACCAUGAGGAAAGCGGAGACUCUGCCCGAGGUGGAGGCCCAGCUGGCUCAGAGAGUGGCAGCGCUUACCAAGGCAGAGGAGAGGCAUGGCAACAUUGAGGAGCGACUGCGGCAGAUGGAGGCUCAGCUAGAAGAGAAGAAUCAGGAGCUGCAGAGGGUGCGGCAGCGGGAGAAGAUGAAUGAGGAGCACAACAAGCGGCUCUCAGAGACAGUAGACAAACUGCUCUCUGAGUCCAAUGAGAGGCUACAGCUCCACCUAAAGGAGAGAAUGGCUGCACUAGAGGACAAGAAUGCCCUAAUCCGAGAUCUGGAGCACACAAAGAAGCUCAUCGAAGAAGCUCACCAUGAGAAGGAACAACUUCUUAUUGAGAUUGAGACAUUGAGGGCAGAGAACGAACAGGGAAGGAGCAGAAGCAAUUCAAUGCUGCAUCAUGGGCGCUCCCAUCUGGGCAGCACCCCAGACUUCAGGUACCCAGUCUCAGCGUCCUCAGUGAUGGACAGCCACCCGGACCACUACAACAGUGCGCUGGUUCUGAGGAGGCCACAGAGAGGGCGGGUUGCCGCACUCCGAGAGGAACCCUCCAAGGUUCAGACGCUGAAUGAGCAGGAGUGGGAGCGUGUACAACAAGCCAAUGUGUUGGCUAACGUGGCACAUGCCUUUGAGAGUGACGUGGAUAUGUCAGACAUGGAAGAUGAUCGGGAGACCAUCUUCAGCUCAGUGGACCUGCUGUCGCCUGCUGGCCAGGCAGAUGCCCAGACCCUGGCCAUGAUGCUACAGGAGCAGCUGGACGCUAUCAACAAUGAGAUCAGGAUGAUCCAGGAAGAGAAGGAGAGCACAACUCAGCGGGCAGAGGAGAUUGAGAGCCGAGUGGGCAGCGGGGAUAGCCUAGGUGGGCGUUUCCUGUCCAUGAGCUCCAUCCCUCCCUUCUACGCUAGUUCCUCACCCCCCGGGUCUGGCCACUCCACCCCCCGGCGUGUACCCCGCAGCCCCAACCGAGAAGUGGACCGCAUGGGCGUCAUGACUCUGCCUAGCGAUUUACGGAAGCUUCGUAAGAAGUCUCCACAAGACGACAAAGCUACAAUAAAGUGUGAGACUUCACCUCCCACGACUCCACGUUCCAUGCGGCUCAACAAGGGCGCCGUUCAUGCAGUGAGUCACGAAGAUAUCAGGGAUAUCAGGAGCAAUGCAGCCUUCCAGGACGGCCAGGGCAGCAACCCCAGCAGCAGUAACAGCAGCCAGGACUCUCUGAACAAGGCAGCCAAAAAGAAGAGCAUCAAGUCCUCCAUUGGCAGGCUUUUCGGCAAGAAGGAGAAGGGGAGGCCUGGCCCCCCUGGCAAGGACUCUUUCAGUCAAGUGGGUACUCCUGAAGCAGAGAACUUCCCUCAGGAUGCCUUAGGACUCAGCAAACUGGGAGGCCAAGGGGAAAAGAACAGGAAGCUGCAGAAAAAGCAUGAGCUGCUGGAGGAGGCACGGCGGCAGGGUCUACCCUUUGCUCAGUGGGACGGGCCUACGGUGGUGGUCUGGCUGGAGCUGUGGGUGGGAAUGCCGGCCUGGUACGUAGCAGCCUGCCGAGCUAACGUGAAGAGCGGCGCCAUCAUGUCGGCAUUGUCGGACACGGAGAUCCAGCGGGAGAUCGGCAUCAGCAACCCGCUGCACCGGCUUAAACUGCGGCUUGCCAUCCAGGAGAUCAUGUCUCUGACCAGCCCCUCUGCCCCACCCACCUCGCGAACGUCCACUGGCAAUGUGUGGGUCACGCACGAAGAGAUGGAGAGUCUCGCUGCCACGCCUCAAAUGGAGGAUGAGGAGGGCAGCUGGGCCCAGACACUGGCGUAUGGAGACAUGAACCAUGAGUGGAUCGGUAAUGAAUGGCUGCCCAGUCUUGGCCUGCCUCAGUACCGCAGCUACUUCAUGGAGUGCCUGGUGGAUGCCCGCAUGCUGGACCACCUCACCAAGAAGGAUCUGCGUGGUCAGCUCAAAAUGGUCGAUAGCUUUCACAGAAAUAGUUUCCAGUGUGGUGUGAUGUGUUUACGACGUCUGAAUUACGACAGAAAAGAGCUGGAGCGAAGGCGAGAGGAAUCCCAGAUGGAAGUCAAAGAUGUAAUGGUGUGGAGCAAUGAGCGGGUCAUAAACUGGGUGCAGUCCAUUGGACUGAAGGACUAUGCAAACAGCCUGCUGGAGAGUGGGGUUCAUGGUGGCCUACUUGCCUUAGAUGAAAGCUUUGACCACAAUGCACUGGCCUUGCUCUUGCAAAUCCCUACCCAGAACACACAGGCAAGAGCCAUUCUGGAGCAGGAGUACAACUGUCUUCUAUCACUAGGAACAGAAAGGAGACUAGAGGAGGAUGAUGACAAAAAUCUCAGGAGGGCCCCCUCUUGGAGGAAGAAGUUUCGACCCAAAGAUGUGAGGGGGAUGUCACCAGGGUCCGCCGAAACACUUCCAGCCAACUUCAGGGUCACAAACAAUAUGUCUUCGCCAUGUAUGCAGCCAAAGAACAUGCAAAUGGACGGAAGUGUAUCUGGGACUCAAAGAUUGGACUCUGCUACAGUAAGGACUUACUCCUGUUAACCCUUCCCUGUUUACCCCGACUAUUUCUAUACGUGAUAUAUGCAACUUAAAUCCAGGUCAAUGUCAUUUCCUGCAUAUCAGAACCAUUGAAUCCCUUUAACUGACAGUUUUUCACAUGAGCGAGCAUGUGGGGGGAGAUUGUGAGAAUGGAAAAUUAAAACAGUACCAGACGCAACUAGGCCCCCCAGAUUUGUGUCAACUUGGCACCUCUGUAAAAUUUGCUUUUCUUACUGUAAUACCAAAAGAAACCCUUGAAAAAGCCAUAAACACAGUGAGGAUGAUCAGUCCUUUCGGAUGCACUGUUGGGCUACCAGGUCCUCAAAGAGAAAAGUAUUUCUGGUGAGCAUAGACGCUGUACAGUAACUCUCCAUUCCUUGUACCCUCUUCAUUGAAAACACAUGUGGAAAGGAGCUGAUGCAAUGGCUUUCUUUGUUAGAAGGACCAAUCCCACUGUGGCCUCAUUUCAAAUGUUGAGUCAGAAGGUGGCAGAAUUUCUUCAGAAACCUUCAAAUGCAUUGCUGGAUGACUUAGUUAAAGCCUAGUCAAAGCCUUGCUUUGGUUUUAUUUAUUCAUUUUUGUCUAUGACAUUAUUUGUAUAGCAGUUACCAUUUUCUCACAUCGUGACGGCUGGAGUGUCUCUGAAAUUUAUUCAGUUGUCAUGAAACAGAUUUCUCAGUGUAUAGGUUAAUGAAUGGUAUUGAGAAAUCAGAGACACGUUUAAACUAAAGGUUGCUUUUAACCCCUGUGUACUCAAUUAUAUUACCUCUUUGAAUGUUUGAAUAAUUUGUGAUUUAGACAUUUAUGCACAAUUCAGAUUCUGUUACUGUCAUGUUCUGU